ACAGUAACGGCUCUAUGCGGCUACUAAUUAUUCAGACUACCGUAAUAGUAUGUACACUACUCGGCUGAAAACAGCAGAUCAACAACACGGAGUUUUCUUUGACCUGCGACUCAAAUAAAGUGUUACCUACCAUGCCGAGACAGUCUCAAUUCACGCAUCACUCGCUGACACGAUGGCGCCUUCGUUUUCUCGAGUCUCAUCCGGAGCAUUGCUCCUUGCUCUCGCUUACAAUGCACGACCGGUGAACGCCGACUUCUGGGAAGACGUCGACAAUUGCAAGCUCGUGCUCGAUGACCUUCCCGCUGAUCUCACCACUGACUUUUGUCACGACUGGACCUACGGCUACGAGCCAGAGGAUGAAUAUGUCACCGUAACUGGCUACCCGGUCACUGUCACCGAAUACUCGUACGCAAAGACUUGCGAGGGUGAGGGCUACAGCACCACCACCAAGUAUCCCGAGUCGACUCCUGAGCCUUCCAAACCGACCAAGGUACCCGAUGAAUCCACCAAGGUGCCGGACGAGAGCACCAAGGUGCCGGACGAGAGCACCAAGGUACCAGACCAGACUACCAAGGCUCCUGAUCAGCCCCCUGCGACUGACAUGCCGGGCGGCCACGACGUCACUGUUACCAGUACCACCUACACGACCUACUGGACUACCUCGACAGUCUAUGAAGGCUACCCAACCGAGGCACCGGCGCCUUACCGUCGCCAUGCUCGCGACUUGAAGGAUCGCGCCGCUUGGUGUGUCGAUAGGCCCUGCCGUCUUGUGCAGUACGAUGAUGACACCAUUGUUGAGGCCUGUAAGAAGUACUUGGGCUGGGAGCCCCACUCUUCAACCGUCAAUGUUCCUGGCUACACCGUCACCAUUACCAGCUACCCCACCGACUGCAAGAAGAAGGAUGACGCUUACAAGCCCGAACCUAUUCCUGCCUAUCCUACCGAGAAGGAGGAAGACUACAAGCCCGAGCCUUACCCCACUGAGACUGCUGAGCCCUACCCAGCCAAGGAUGAUUAUUCCACUGAGACUCCUCCGGAAUACAAGCCCGAGCCUUACCCCCAGGCUCCUGCUCCCUAUCCAGAAGAUGAGCCAGACUAUGACAAUGGUCCCAGCUAUGGCGAUGGCAGCUAUGCCGAUGGAAGCUAUGACGAUGACAGCUACGACGGCACUGCUCCUUGGGACAACACGGACAGCUUCGACACAAACUACUCCGGCCCUGACGGACCUCUCCCCUGGGACGAUUUCGAUCAGACAAGUGAACUUGCCGAUGCAAUUGAUGCUGGUGGCUAUGACGAUGCAGCAGAGAAACUCGGCCUUGAUGACGCGCCCUGGAACGCUCUUCCUGUGGACUACCCUCAGAAGCGCGACCACCCCACUGAGGAGAGCUAUGACAACAGUUACGGAGAGGACGGUGUCGAUUACGAAGCUCCUUCUUACGACGACAGCUCCUAUAAUGACCAGUCUUAUGAUGCUGCGCCUGAAGGCGACUACGAUGUUGUCUGGGUUGAUGAAAAUGGAAAUCCGACCGACGCCCCAAGCAAGGACGAGGACAAUUACGCUCCCGAUGUCUAUGACCCCAAUGCUUACAACCACUCCGAAGAUGAGGAGACAGAUGGAUACGCACCCAACGGUUACGGCCCUGACGUUUCUGAGUCUGGCGAAUACGAAGAUUCUGGCGAUUAUGUUGACCACUCCGAGGCCUACCCUUCUGAAGACUAUUCGGAAAACUCAUACUAUGAUAGCUCCUACGGGUCCCUGCCUGACAGUAGCGAGUAUGAGGGUGAUGAGUUCGAGUCCGAUUACACUGCGCUGGCCGAGGAUACUUCCGAUGCUCCAUCUGGAGACUACUGGGGCGAGGACGGUGUCGACUACUAGAAAAACCAGCAGUAGUGACGGUUUUGAGAAUGGAGGUGUAGAUUGAAUUCGGUGAUGUGAAUAUGGGGUCGCGGAUGCAUUAAAUAAUGGUAAUACUAAUCACAAUUGCAAUUGAAUGAGCUUUCGAACCCUUCAUUAUUCUGACCGCCAUUGGAAAUCAUUGUAGGUAGUCAAAGUGUAUCCAUGAUUCGUUUGCGACUCAACAAACC